AUGCGGACGAUGAAAGACAUCUUUCGCGACGCCGAGGACGGUGCACGGACGCCGAGCGCGCGACGGAGGACGUCCACGGGUGGCGAACGACGCGUCAUCGCGUGCGCGCGCGCGACGGGCACGGAGACGUUCGAUGAUUUCACGACGAACUUCAUCUCGAACGAGGCGUUGGAGGCGAGCGGCGGCGCGGAACGAAAGUCGCGGACGGACGCGGCGAGGCGCGACGACGCGCUGGCGAGCGCGAUCGAGUGUGAAUUCGCGAACGAGGACGUGGGAAAGGUGCGGGUGCCGAGACGAGAGACGUACGAACGAUUGGUGGAGGGGAUUUUGCGUCCGGGACGGGGUCGGACGCGGACGCGAACCGCGCGGCGGUUGACGCGGAUAUUACGAGAGUGCGAGACGCGAUCGAGAGCGACGAGCGUCGCGACGAACGCGUCGUCUUCGAGGCUCACGGUGAUCACGACGGCGGAGGCGUGGACGCCGAUGAUGCGCAGCGACGCGAUGGCGGCGGAGGACGCGCGCGGGUUGGCCUCGCCGCGGUCGCCGGGAUGGACAAAGAAACGAGGCGUCGAGAGUGAUUGGACGUCCCUGCGUACCGCCGGGCAUAUCGUCCAGAGCACCCUCCAACCGCCUUCGCUCGUCGCGGUAUCGAUCGUUCGCGUCCGGCACCCAAAUCGUCUUCCCUCCCAAGCUUCGAUCGAUCAGUUUUUCCUCGAUUUACUCGAGCGCUCGGCGUACGAUGGGAAGUGUACGAAGGAUACUGUUGGCGACGCGCACGCGCGGCGAUCUUCGCGCGCGCGAAUAACUAGGAAGAAGGACUUGGAUGACGAUUCCGUCGACGAUUCCGACGACGAUUCCAAAGCUUCAGUAUCCUCGGUUUCCGAAGACGACGAGGAUCCCGACGAGGAGAGCGCGGUGGCGUGGUCGGACGCGCACGUCGGAGCAAAACUUCUCUUCUUACACUCGAGCGCGCUCUUGACGCGCGACGCGAAUUGCCGAUUACGAGCGUUCGAGACCUGGCGAGACAUCCCGGACUCGGCGAUGAAACUGGCGACGGAGGCCAUGUUGUAUAAACUAAUCGUUGAAGGCGCGCCGACGGAGGGCGAACGAAGCGCGCUGUUCGCGACACUCGUCGACGUCGCCUCGCUCGCGGGAGAGCGCGCUGGGGCUGACUUGGACGCCGUCGAUGAUGGGAACGGGCGGGCGACGCCUUCAAAUGCGUCUUUGGAAUCGACGCGCGACGCGUGCGGAGCCGAGAAUUGCUCCGUGCGAGAGAUCAGUUCAGCCGCUCGCGACGUCUUGGACGCUAUCGUACGUCUCAUCGACGCGUGCGAGUCUUUGAGGUCGUCGAAUAACCCGCGGGUGCACGGGAAGGUUCGGACGCAGUUGGAGGACGCGUACGCCGAGGCGUGGAAACGCGGCGCGGGAUCGCGAUCGCGUUUACACAGCGACGAGGCCAAACGCGUGUUCAUGCGUGAGAUUCGUGAUCCAAAAUCACGUUUGAUUCGCGCUCGGGAAAUAUUAGCGCGCCGCGUCGAGCGGCGACACGCCCCUGGAAUCGUCGAGGGCGGCGUCGGCUCUGCGACCGACGGUCGAGGCGCCGCGGACGUCUUCAACUACGUCGCCGACGACGUCGUUCGCGCGGUGAAAUCGCAGCAAUCGAGCGAGGGUGGUGGUGAUUUCCCGGGCGCGUACGUCGCUCUCGGUACCGUCGUCGCGUGCGCCGCACACGGCGCCCUUCGACUCGAUCCUUCGGCCAAAUCGUACGCCGAUGCCCUCGCGCGAUGCGCCGACGCCUUCCAAGCCGAGGCCGAUCGAAGCGACUGCACCGAUCGCGUCGCGUGCGCAUCCGCGUCACUCGCCCUCGCCCGCGCGUUCGCCGAGAAAUCGAGCGCCUAG